AUCCCUCUCCGCUCCUGCUAAGUGAUCGCUAGCUCACCUCCAAGCUCUCUCACCAUGAACAGACAAGUCUGCAAGAAAUCCUUCAGUGGCGGGAGCCAGGGCUUCUCCGGCCGCUCCGCUGUGGUCUCCGGCAGCAGCAGGAUGAGCUGUGUGGCCCGCUCUGGGGGAGCCAGCGGAGGGGCCUGUGGGUUCCGGAGCGGAGCAGGUGGCUUUGGCAGUCGCAGUCUCUACAACCUGGGAGGCAACAAGAGCAUCUCCAUCAGCGUGGCAGGUGGUGGUUCCCGGGCUGGUGGCUUUGGUGGAGGGCGAAGCAGCUGUGGCUUUGGGGGCAGUUAUGGAAGUGGCUUUGGGGGAGGAUAUGGAGGUGGCUUUGGUGGUGGCUUUGGUGGUGGCAGAGGAGUAGGUGGUGGCUUUGGAGGGGUUGGUGGCUUUGGAGGAGCUGGUGGCUUUGGAGGAGCUGGUGGCUUUGGUGGUCCUGGUGGCUUUGGUGGUCCUGGUGGCUUCCCUGGGGGAAUCCAGGAAGUGACUGUCAACCAGAGCCUCCUGCAGCCCCUCAAUGUGGAGAUCGACCCCCAGAUUGGGCAAGUAAAGGCCCAGGAGCGGGAGCAAAUCAAGACCCUCAACAACAAGUUUGCCUCCUUCAUAGACAAGGUGCGGUUCCUGGAACAGCAGAACAAGGUCCUGGAGACCAAGUGGGAACUGCUCCAGCAGCAGACCACAGGCUCCAGCUCGGGCCCCAGCAGCCUGGAGCCUUUCUUUGAAUCCUACAUCAGCUUCCUGAGCAAGCAGCUGGAUUCACUUCUGGGGGAGAGGGGGAACCUGGAGGGAGAGCUGAAGAACAUGCAGGACCUGGUGGAAGACUUCAAAAAGAAGUAUGAAGAUGAGAUCAACAAACGCACCGCAGCAGAGAAUGAGUUUGUGGGGCUCAAGAAGGGUGUGGAUGCGGCUUACAUGAACAAGGUGGAGCUGCAGGCCAAAGUGGACAGCCUGCUGGAUGAAGUCAAUUUCCUGAGGACCCUCUAUGACAUGGAGCUGUCCCAGAUGCAGAGCCAUGUCAGCGACACGUCCGUCAUCCUGUCCAUGGACAACAACCGCUGCCUGGACCUGGACAGCAUCAUCGCCGAGGUCCGUGCUCAGUACGAGGAGAUCGCCCAGAGGAGCAAGGUUGAAGCCGAGGCGCUGUACCAGACCAAGCUCGGGGAGCUGCAGACCACGGCCGGCAGGCAUGGGGAUGACCUGAGGAGCACCAAGAGUGAGAUCGCUGAGCUCAACAGGGCGAUCCAGAGGCUGCGGGCUGAGAUCGAGAGUGUCAAGAAGCAGAAUGCCAACCUGCAGACAGCCAUUGUGGAAGCUGAGCAGCGUGGGGAGAUGGCCCUCAAGGACGCCAAUGCCAAGCUCCAAGAGCUGCAGGCUGCCCUACAAAAGGCCAAGGAUGACCUGGCCCGGCUGCUGCGUGACUACCAGGAGCUGAUGAACGUGAAGCUGGCCCUGGACGUGGAGAUCGCCACCUACCGCAAGCUGCUGGAGGGCGAGGAGUGCCGGAUGUCUGGAGAAUGUCAGAGUGCUGUGAGCAUUUCGGUGGUCAGCAACGUCACCAGCACAAGCAGCAGCGCUGGUGGUAGCCGCGGAGGCUUUGGAGGGAUCAGCGGCAGCAGCAGCGGUGGCUACAGAGGCGGUAGCAGCAGCAGCAGAGGCAGCAGCGGUGGCUAUGGAGGAGUCAGUGGUGGCAGCAGCGGCUAUGGAGGGGUCAGCGGUGGCAGCAGUGGGGGCAGGGACAGCAGCGGGGGUUACCAGGGUGGCAGCAGCGGGGGCAGGCUUGGCAGUGCCGGCAGCAGCUCCGUGAGCCAGAGUGGAGUGGGCUCCAGCUCCAGCAGCAUCCAGACUUCCGGAGGCAGUAGCUACAAAUCUGGCAGUGGGGGCAGCACCAGUGUCCGCUUCUCCCAGACCGCCAGCUCCAGCCAGUACAGUUCCAAGUGAUCCUCUGGGCCACAUUUCCAUACCGGCCUGCUUCCAUCUCAGCCUGCAACAGCACUUCCCCCUCUCUGCCUGGCACCAAUAGAUACGCAUGGCGCAACCAUACUUUUCCUCAAGUUCCCUGGAGAAAGCACUGACCUCCUGGCUCCUCCAUCCCCAAGACCUCUCCUGGGCCAUGGGGGUCCAGCUGCUAGUCUGGGAUGAUGAUGCUCCUGGAAGAGUCCCUGUGAUGGCCCCUUACUGUGGACAGCAACACCUGAGCCUAAGCCAGUCUGGGCCUUCCCAGCCUGGCUUGUUCCCACUCUGGUCCGUCUCUUUCUCACUGAGAGUGGAUGGUCUGAAGCCGGCACAUCUCAGCACCACCUGAGGAAGGAGGUGCCACGGGUGCAGUGCCGGAGGGUGGAUGGUUGGUUCCCAGGGAGCCCUCUCCACAUCUGGGCAUCACAUCCCGACUUACUUCUGUCCCCUAAUUCCUUGAGCUGUGGACCCUCUGGUGAUGAGUAUGUCAUACUUUCUUUUCCCAAUAAAUUGCACUG